ACGUGUGUGUAAAUCCUCCACGCCUUUUCAUAACCUUUUAUAACUCUUUAUAACCUUAACAGCUGAAGUCACGUGCCUGAGUCAGCACCUAAUCCGUCUCAGGCCUGUAGAUUAAAAUGGGUGAUGCUUUUGUGCUGACCACACCAGAGGACGGUAAAGGCUCGGGAAAGAAGCUGACCAACCGGAAAAUACGUCAUAACCGUAAAAGAAGGGUGAUCAGGACGCGAGGAAGGAGCCGUCAGUGUAAAGGAAGCCGAGAUGCCGGAGAUUAAACUGAAACAUGUGGUGUCCUGCAGCAGCGAGGACAGUACACACAAAGCAGAUAACCUUUUGAGCUCAGAGACGUACAGGAAGUGGAAAUCGGCUCGUCCAGGAGAGAAGCAGGUUUCGGUCAUCCUGCAGUUCGAGAAGGAGGAGCAGGUCCACAGUAUCGACAUUGGGAACGAAGGGUCAGCCUUCAUCGAAGUACUGGUUGGACACUCGACGUCCAUCAAAGACCAGGAUUUUGAGGUGUUGUUGGUGACAUCAUCGUUCAUGUCUCCCUCUGAGAGUCGAGGGAAUGUGAACCUGAACCGUGUGAGGUUCUUUGGCCCUCAGCAGCUGGUGAAGAGCUCGAGUCAGGAGAAGUGGGACAGAGUGAAGAUCGUCUGUACACAACCCUACAACAAGAGCAUUGCAUAUGGAGUGGCGUUUAUAAAGUUUCACUCUCCACCAGAUAACAACGCACCUGCAGCUACACCACCUAAGUUGACUAAACUGGGUCAGUUCCGGUUGAAGGACGAGUCUCAGUCCUCUGGGUCAAACCUGCAGCCAGGGAGUCUGUUCCUGAACCGAGAGAGUAAAGACAGCUCAGGAGUGAAGUUUUCUCCUAAAAGCACUACACUGAGUUACGCAUCAGCGGCCUUACAGACAGAGCCAUCAACAUCAAGCUCCGCCCCCAACAGCUCACCACAGGCUGCUGUGAAGAGAAAGUUUGAGUUCAGUAAAGAGAGACAGGAUGCCCCGCCUCCCCCUGCUGCCAAGAAACACACACCUCCACUCAAACACAUUACACAGAGUGCUGAACACACACACACCUCCACCAGCACAAAAACAGGGUCCAGUUCCCAGAAGUCCCCGGCGCAGAAGUCCUCUGUGAAGCCCCGCCCCCUGGCCUCAGAGCCAGUCCCCUUCAGCCGUAUCAUGGAGGGCGUAGUGUUUGUGCUGAGUGGAUUUCAGAACCCGUUCCGUGGAGAACUCAGAGACAAGGCUCUGUCCAUGGGGGCGCGGUACCGACCGGACUGGACCCCUGACUCCACCCACCUCAUAUGCGCCUUUGCUAACACCCCUAAGUACAGUCAGGUGAAGGCAGCAGGGGGGCUGAUAGUUCGGAAGGAGUGGGUGAUCGACUGUCACAAGAGGAAACAGAAAAUCUCCUACAAACGGUAUCUGAUUGAUGGAGCAGAGUCGAGCUCCGAGGAUGAGGCAGAGGACAUGGCUUCUGAGGAGCAGACAAACGACCAGGGCAAAAAAAAAAAGAGUCCUGAAAAGAGACAACGCACCUCCACAAAAUCUGUGACGGAGGAGAGCCGAGAUGUAUCAACGGACGAGCGAGAGCAAGAUGAUGAUGAUGGAUCUGGCAUGGACACUGAGGAUGAGCUGAGAAGAGUGGAGAAGAGGAGAGAAGAGAAGGCAGGACAGGAGAACAGAGGAAGUGGAGGAGGUCAGGAGAUAGAAGAUGACCCUUACGGAGGCUCAACAGAUGAAAACACGGAUCCAGAGGAAGAGGAAGACAAACCCAUACCGGAGCUACCAGACUUUCUGACAGGAAAGCGUUUUUAUCUUUAUGGGAAAUUUCCAGAGGACCAGAGACGCUUGCUGCACCGUUACAUCAUAGCCUUUAACGGCGUUGUGGAGGACUACAUGAAUGAGAAGGUCCAGUUUGUGAUCACCAGUCAGGGAUGGGACGACACCUUCGAGGACGCUCUGAUGGAGAAUGAGAAUCUGAGUUUUGUGAAGCCCACAUGGAUUUUUGCUAUUAAUGAUAGACAGAAGAUGUUACCCUACCAACCCUACACUGUAGUGCCCUGAACACACACUGUAGUGCCCUGAACACACACUGCAGUGCCCUGAACACACACUGCAGUGAGGGGGAAGGGAAUCAUUUUUAGAAGCAUCACAUUCUUCAAUUUAAUAUCUUUGUGUUACACACACACACACGUGAUGACUCCAUCAUCAUGCACUGGUGUUUUAAUAGAAUGUAACAUUAAAUUAAACAAACAUUAUAUGACAUGGAUGUGUGUGAUGAAGUGUGAUGAGUAAUUAGUGGAGGAAUGGGGGGGGUGUGUGUGUGUGUGUGUGAGUAUCUGUUUCUCUCUACCUUAAUGUGUCAGGGAUUCUGUUUAAUUUCUAAGUAAUGAUGUUAGAGUGUAGGUGUAAUUCUCUUAGAUUAAUAAAGUUCAUGAACACAUACACUGGGUUUACGUUUCUGUGUUAAUAUAAUUGUGUUAAGAAGUUAAUAUUAUUUCCUUUAGUUUAUUGAUCUGUGAUUUGCUUCAAAUGAAAAGCGUGUGUGUGUGUGUGUGUGUGUGUGUGUGUGUGUGUGUGUGUGUGUGUGUGUACAAGAGAGAGAUGCUUAAAUGCAUGUUCCUCAGCAGUAGUAAAUCUAAUGUCCAGCUCAUUUUAUUUCUGUUCCAUUUCAUUUUUUAAUAUUUGCUAUGGGUCAGUGUGUUUUAAUGCUCUGGGCUGGUGUUCAGGGUUCAAGCACCGCCAAGCUGCCACAGUUGGGCCCCUGAUUUCUUUUCAUUUUUUUUUUUGCAAAGUCUUUUUAUUGGUAACAAACAUGAGUCACAUAAUGAUGAACAUUACAGAAUCCCAUUUUGGUUUUACAUGAAAAAGGAGUAAAGUAAAAUAAUAACAAUACUACUACUAAUAAUAAUAACAGUAAUCUGACAAUUAAAAAAAAUAGUAAAGAGAACAAACUUUAACUGAGAUUCGGUUUAGCUUAAUCCGGAAGUCCAAAAUGGCAAUCAAUGGUCAGGGUUGCAAAUGUACUCCCAGUGUAGUGGACACUGUACUGAAAUAACCUGACCAAAAAUGACAUGGUCAUGGACAGAAAAAAAACAUGUGACUCAGGUGACAUUGUGAGUUAGAGCAUCUGUCACAUUUAUCCUCAACAUCUAAAGUUGAGCCAGUCUAUAUUUAGAAAAAUGCACCCUGUAAAUGACCGUACUGGACAAGUGCGCGCCAAGGACAUGACACACGACAUAAACCAAUCACAACACUAUCCCACCACUUGUCCCCAAGCUGAAGUCCCAGUCCCUCCUCCGAGGCAGCCUUUGUUUGGGAGGAAGUUUGAUCACAAAAAUCCAGAAUACGUUUAUAGAUCUCAAAAACAGCACCUUUUUGUUGCGAAUUAAAAGUAAGCAAACUUUCCCACUGUUGGAGAGGAGGAGACGAGGGAAAAUUAGGAAAACAUUUUCGGACAAAAUGGCUAAAAAAUCUAAAGAGGUGGUUGGUGUAGCCCAUACAGAGAUGAUAAAUUUGCUUAUACCUUUGCUAUACCACACAUCAAGACCCUUAACCCUCUCUGCUCCAGGGACACUGCAUCAUGGCUGACCCUGCGCUCUGACCCCACAGUUGGGGUAUGAUAUGAUAUCUGUGCUGUAAUGUAUCUGUGAC